GAUAGUAAUUAUUUAAAAAAUAAAUAUGAUUUUUAAAAAAAACAUCUUCACCGUGGGCUAAAACUGUAGUAUCCAAAGCAAUAGACAAUAGAAGAAAAAGGAAUGUAUCAAAACAAACGAUGGAAUGUCAUAAAUCAUAAUCGUAAAUUCGUAUAUAUUUGUAAUAAUGGCAUAAGCCGAAACACAACAAACUAUAAUUCUUUAAUUCAACUAUUUGUUUAAAAUUUAAAUUAUCAAGACAUAAAAUCGAAUAAGCACACGGGACUAGUAUCCAGGGCGGCAAAAUUAGGAUGAGAAGAAAAUAAAGUUAAACUUAGUAAUAAAUAACAAAAUGGAAGAAAAAACAAGUGAUGCACCAAUAUUCAUAGAAGUGGCCGAGAAUUUGAACAGUGAUGAUGUUGAAUACACAACAGUUGCAUCAAAACGUAUACAGUGUCCGGAGUGUAACAGAUACACAGCCGAAAACGAGGAACAGUUAAUUCGUCAUAUAAGAAAAAUACACAGAGGAGAAAAUCCGUUCCAAUGUGCGAUGUGCGACUACAGCACAUGCAAUAAGGUACUGUUCGAAGAGCACGUGCGAAUACACCAGGGCAUAAAGCCGUACAAGUGCUCCUUCUGCCCACACACGAACGUCUCCAAGAAGAAUUUGAAGAAGCACGAACUAAUACAUCGGCCGGACAAUCCAUUAAAGUGUCCGAAUUGCACCUACAUCGCGAAACACAGACGGGGUUUAGCGUGUCACAAGAGGAAAUGUCACGUUACGGAUAAAAACGUAACGAAAUGCGUGACCUGUGAUAAAAUCUUCGACGAUAAAGAAGCGUUGAGCGUGCACAAGAAGGCACAGAAAAAGUGCGAUGAGUGCAACCAUAAGACGUGCACGAAAACUCUGUUGACGGUUCACAAGAUAAUGGAACACGGGAAACCGGACAAGAGAUAUAAAAAGGCGAAGAGUGACACGUUUAAAUGCGCCCUAUGUGAUUGGUCGUCGAACAGCAAGCCCAGGAUCCUCCUGCACCUCAUACACCAUCCGAACCAAUCCGUAAAUGAGAAGGUUAUAGAUAUAUCCAUAUUAAGGACUCACGGUAUUAUGACGUGAUUAGGGAUAAUCCAUACUAUUCUACAGAUAUAUACAAUGUGUCUGUGACGUCAAUGCUUUGAAUGGUUUUCCUAGCCCUCGUUUUAAGACCAAAAAGACAAAUACAAUCAUUAACUAACUAACAAACUUAACAAGCCACAGAACAUUUUUUUUUUUCAUUUCAUUAAAUUACAAUAAUAUCGGAGAUAUUGUUACAUAAAUACUAGCGAUUCAGUAACUUACGGCCAAAAUAUGUCAAAAGUUGCCGUUCCGAACUAUUCAUUCACAAAAUUAUUAACCUAAAGUAAUGGCGGCUGCAGUCAAAGGAAGCUGUGCGGGGAGCGAGUGAGCGAGUACGUCCAACUCUCGCGCUGCCUCGGUAUAUUUACUACUUAAAUGACCAUUAUAAAAUUUGGCCUACACGAUUCCAAGAGAUGAAUUUCUUACAUCUGACACCCUACCACCUCCGACGCAAGUGAAACCUCAGACGGUUUCCUAUGUGUUUAAUUAUUAUACUGAA